UCCUGCCUCUCCCCCUUCAAAAGAAACCACUCUGCUCCAUUUAUUUCAGAAUCUAGAGGAAGUUGACAAAGUAUGACAACAGCACGGCACAGUAUGUGGUGGAGACUUUGCAGCUUGCUGGCUUGCUUCCCCUUACAAGAAGCCUUUCUGACCAACCACACAGAAACAGUCACCGUGGAGGAAGGCCAGACGCUCACUCUCAAAUGUGUCGUUUCUCAGGGGAAGACCACAUCCCUGCAGUGGCUGGCCCCAUCAGGGUUCACCAUUUUUUUAAAUGAGCAUCCUGCUUUAAAAAAUCCCAAAUACCAGCUUCUGCAUCACUCCGCCCAUCAGCUCUCCAUCCGCGUGCUUAAUGUCAGCCAGCAAGAUGAAGGCGUGUACAAGUGUUUACGAUACGGCAGCUCCGUGAGAACAAAGGAAGUAAAAGUGAUCGUGACAGCAACUCCUUCCGCACCAAUCCUGGAAGCUUCAGUUACCAGAAUGCAAAAUGGAAAAGAACACGUUACACUUAAAUGCUCCACCGUGAGAAGUAAGCCCCCUCCGCAGAUAAGUUGGAUUUUAGGGAACGACCUAGAGCUCUACGGUGAAACCCACCAUGAAUUUGAAACCGAUGGGAAGAAAUGUAACAGCAGCAGCAUCCUCAGAGUCCACACGUACAGCAAAAACUCAACAGUGGACUGCAUUAUCCGACACAAAGGUCUACAAGGAAGAAAACUGGUGGCACCAUUCCGAUUUGAAGAUAUGGUUACUGAUCGAGAGACAGCUUCAGAUGCCCUGGAGAAAAACUCUCCAUCGUCUGCAGACCCUCAGCAGCCCACUAGCACUGUUGCAGUAGUGGAAGAUUCUAAUACAACAGAGAUUGACAAGGAAGAGAAAAACCAAACCGCUCAAGAUCCUGACUUAACCACUGAAACAAAUCUUCAGUACGUGGGGGUGAUAAGGAGGAAAAAUGGCAUUCUGCUGCUCACCCUGGUCUCCUUUCUCAUCUUCAUACUCUUCAUCAUCGUCCAGCUCUUCAUAAUGAAGCUUCGGAAAGCACACGUGAUAUGGAAAAAAGAGAGUGAAAUUUCAGAACACACGCUGGAAAGUUACAAAUCGAGGUCAAAUAAUGAAGAAACAUCAUCCCAAGAGAAAAAGGACCAACCUUUCCACUCGAAGAGCUACAUGAACUACAUCACACGGUUGUACUCUGAAGCAAAAACAAAGCGGAAAGACGAUUCACGGAGUUCGAAAUUCAAAGGAGAGCCCGCUCACAUACCAGAGACCAUUGUGUAACGUCCUUUGCGACAGCAAAUACUGACUUCGGUGCAGCUGCAGGCCUCACAGUGGAGCAGCCCAGGGGAAGGAGCAUAGUUACGGUCACAAGAAAAAAUAUACUUUGAGUGCAAUGCAACAUGGUAGACUGCCGUGGCACCCCGCCCUGGAUUCAGGGCUGUGAAAUGAGGACCAGACCAUGGACACAAAGCUUCAUAGUUUAAAUAAAAAAAAAAAAAAAAAAAAAAAAAAAAAAAAAAAGAGAGAGAAGAGAAGAGGAAAAGAAAAGAAAAAAGAAGACGAAAAAACCUAUCAUGCCUGACACUACUUCAGAGAAGGAGGAGACUCUUAAGUCUUGGAGAUCAGGGUUGAUUGGGCCAGCUAGCAUCUUACCAUGAAGGGAAAAGGAGUUUUUAGAUGCUGGGCUUGAGCAGAACUCCUUUAAAAAAAAAUUU